AUGGUUCCGUAUCUUGAGUACAUUCCAAAGCUCAGCAGCUUGGAAGACAGUGCUUGGGAGCUAAUGUUCGAGAAGACUUCACUCACGGAGGUGGUACAGGCAAACUGUGUCCGCUGGAACAAAAAGUUCUUAUUUAUGUGUAAAAUCAGUGCCAGUGCCACAACAGGGAUUUUGGAUACUUGCAUUUGCAGGGUGUCUGUACGGAAGGAGUUAAAAGGAGGAAAGGCAUAUGCAAAGCUGGGAUUUGCAGACCUAAAUCUUGCAGAGUUUGCUGGAUCGGGAAAUACCACUCGUCGAUGUUUACUGGAAGGCUAUGAUACCAAAAAUACAAGACAGGAUAACUCCAUUCUCAAAGUUUUGAUCAAUAUGCAGCUAAUGUCUGGAGACCCAUGCUUUAAAAUGCCUCCUUCCACAGCAAUGUCUAUAGCAAUUGCUGGAGAAUCAGAAUCUUUGCAUGAAGACAGGAAAGGUGGAGAAAACUUAAAAGUAGUACAUCUGGGCAUAGCAGAUGUCUCAUCAAAGAGUGCCUCAGUCCCAGAUGAACUUGGUGCAUGCGGACAUUCCAGAACAUCAAGCUAUGCAAGUCAGCAGUCAAAACUGUCAGGAUACAGCACAUGUCACUCUAGAUCAUCCAGUCUAUCUGAACUCUCUCACAGAAGAAACACCUCAGAGGGUAGUACCUCAACAGGAAUUGGAAGUAUUCUGGAGCCAUGUGAAGAGUCUGAGCCAAAAGUAACUAAUAUACAUGCAUCUGUUAAAGACGCACCAUCAGAAAAAGUCUGCAGACAUCCUGUAAAGCAAGACUCUGUGGAGUCACAGCUGAAGAGGGUCGAUGCUACCAGAGUGGAUGCUGAUGAUAUAGUCGAAAAAAUACUCCAGAGUCAAGACUUCAGUUUAGACUCAAGCGCAGAAGAAGAAGGUUUAAGAUUAUUUGUGGGUCCCGGUGGAAGCACUUCUUUUGGAAGCCAUCAUUUACCUAACAGAGCAGGAUCUGGAGCGUAUGAGCAGGUGGUGAUAAAACGCUAG